CAAGGCUCUCUUAACUAUCUUCGCUUGUCUCCUCUUCGGAUAAUCCUAUCCCUCUCUCCCUAUAAAUACCUCUUCACUCUCCUUCUUCCUCCACCACCACUACCACCGGAAACAACCACCGGAUAAACAAAAAAUCCCCUCCCAAGAUUUUUAAACCAAAGAUUAUUUUCUUUUACUUCUUCUGAUCAGAAAUAUGGUCACUCAUCAAAUGGAGAAAGCUUCGAACGGCACGGCGGCUCUGGAGACGCAGACGGGUGAGCUUGAUCAGCCGGCGGCGCUUCGAAAAAUCAUAUCGGUGGCUUCUAUUGCCGCCGGUGUACAGUUCGGUUGGGCUCUACAGUUAUCUCUGUUAACUCCUUACGUGCAGCUACUCGGAAUCCCACAUAAAUGGGCUUCUCUGAUUUGGCUCUGUGGCCCAAUCUCCGGUAUGCUUGUUCAGCCCAUCGUGGGUUACCACAGUGACCGUUGCACCUCAAGAUUCGGCCGUCGUCGUCCUUUCAUCGUUGCCGGAGCCGGUUUAGUCACCGUAGCCGUUUUCCUAAUCGGUUACGCCGCCGAUAUAGGUCACAGCAUGGGUGAUCAGCUUAACAAACCGCCGAGAACGCGAGCAAUCGCGAUUUUCGCUCUCGGGUUCUGGAUUCUUGACGUGGCAAACAACACCCUCCAAGGUCCCUGCCGAGCUUUCUUGGCUGAUUUAUCCGCCGGGAACGCCAAGAAAACGCGGACCGCAAACGCGUUUUUCUCGUUCUUCAUGGCGGUCGGAAACGUUUUGGGCUACGCGGCGGGAUCUUACAGGAAUCUCUACAAAGUCGUCCCUUUCACGAUGACAGAGUCAUGCGAUCUCUAUUGCGCGAACCUCAAAACGUGUUUUUUCCUCUCCAUAACGAUUCUCCUCGUAGUCACUUUCGUCUCUCUGUGUUACGUAAAGGAGAAGCCAUGGACGCCUGAGCCAACCGCCGACGGGAAAGCCUCGAACACUCCCUUCUUCGGAGAGAUUUUCGGAGCUUUCAAGGAACUGAAAAGACCGAUGUGGAUGCUUCUUAUAGUCACUGCACUCAACUGGAUCGCUUGGUUCCCUUUCCUCCUCUUCGACACCGAUUGGAUGGGACGUGAGGUGUACGGAGGAGACUCAGACGCUAGCGCAAGCAAGAGCGCUAAAAAGCUUUACAACGACGGAGUGAGAGCCGGUGCGUUGGGGCUUAUGCUUAACGCGAUUGUUCUCGGCUUCAUGUCUCUUGGUGUUGAAUGGGUCGGUCGGAAAAUGGGAGGAGCAAAACGGCUUUGGGGUGUUGUUAACUUCAUCCUCGCUAUUUGCUUGGCCAUGACGGUUGUUGUCACUAAGCAGGCGGAGCAUCACCGGCGAGAUCACGGCGGCGCUAAGACAGGACCGCCUGGUAACGUCACGGCUGGUGCUUUAACUCUCUUUGCUGUUCUCGGUAUUCCUCAAGCGAUUACGUUCAGUAUUCCUUUUGCACUAGCGUCCAUAUUUUCAACAAAUUCCGGUGCCGGCCAAGGACUUUCUCUAGGUGUUCUGAAUCUAGCUAUUGUCGUCCCACAGAUGGUGAUAUCUGUGGGAGGUGGACCAUUUGACGAACUCUUUGGUGGCGGAAACAUUCCAGCGUUUGUAUUAGGAGCGAUUGCGGCGGCGGUGAGUGGUAUAUUGGCGUUAACGGUGCUGCCUUCGCCGCCACCGGACGCUCCUGCAUUCAAAGCUACUAUGGGGUUUCAUUAAAAUUUUAGCAAUCUUUGAUUGGCUCUGUUUCUCUCAUAAAACAUUAGUGUUAUUGUGCAAAUCCUACAUAAAGGGAAAAAAAAAAGGAAAUUAAACUCAUUGGGUUGGUUUGUAUUUUACCUAAACCCACUAUGUUCCUUUUUUUUUUGUUGUAACUGAAUUUUCAUUUGGAGUAUAUUUUACCUUUUGUUACCUUCAAGGCUUCAAUAUUACGCCUUCAUUGUUUCGAAUCUUUCGGUAACACCUCUUAGUCUACAAUCAUAACUAUCAGUGUACUGAUUACUCAUUUCACAAAUAAUGUAUCUUGUAAGGACAUGGACAUUUAGGAAACAUAUUUAUACUUAAUUUUAACUAUGAUUAAUGUAAACAAGUUUAAGAUGAAUGUGGAUGGAUACAAAA